CACGAUUGUGGCUAAUCCUUAUUGUGGCUAGCUUCAGAUAGGUAUUUUCACAGAUGACAGCCGUAGGAUGGAGGCAGUAUUAGCAAAGUAUGAAAACCAGAUAAACGUGUUUUCGGAGUUCCUUGAAGACUUGCCUGACACAGAUGAACCUGUGUGGGUUUUAGGAGAGUGUUACAAUGCUAAAACAGGAAAGACGGAGCUACUAUCAGACGUCCACUCACGGCUAUGGUUUACCUACAGGAAAAAAUUCUCUCCCAUAGGGGGAACAGGCCCCUCUUCAGAUACAGGCUGGGGAUGCAUGCUACGCUGUGGGCAGAUGAUCCUUGCACAGGCCCUGGUAUGCUCACAGCUGGGACGAGCCUGGCGUUGGAGGGCAGAGGGAGGACAGCCGGAGAAGUACCAUCGUAUCCUCCACUGUUUCCUGGAUAGGAAAGACAGCUGUUACUCCAUACACCAAAUGGCUCAGAUGGGAGUUGGUGAAGGAAAGUCUGUAGGAGAGUGGUAUGGCCCAAACACAGUUGCACAAGUGCUCAAGAAACUUGCGCUAUUUGAUGACUGGAAUUCUCUUGCUGUGUAUGUGUCAAUGGACAACACCGUGGUGAUCGAGGACAUCAAGAAGCAGUGUCGCCAGGCAAGCAGUGAGAGCAGAUUGCGGCCGAGACCCUGUGGCUGGCAGGAACCCUUCACCUCUAGGGAAACACCAGAACAAGCCUGUUCUCACACGGAUGGGCAUAGAGCCACGACUUGUCCACAUUCCCAGUCCCAUUCUGACUGGAGACCCCUACUGCUGGUCAUACCACUGCGCAUGGGAAUAAACCACAUCAACCCUGUCUACAUCCAGGCCCUCAAGGAGUGUUUUAAAAUGCCACAGUCCUGUGGUGUGCUGGGAGGAAAGCCCAAUCUGGCCUAUUACUUCAUCGGAUUUGUAGGAGAGGAGCUGAUCUACCUGGACCCCCACACCACCCAGUCAGCCGUGGAGGCUGAGGCUGGCAGUGGAGUGGACGACCAGAGCUACCACUGUCUGAGGAGCCCACGCCGCAUGAAGAUCACCGACCUGGAUCCCUCUGUGGCCCUGGGAUUUUUUUGUAAGAGUGAAGAUGACUUUGACAGUUGGUGUAACCUGGUCCAGCAGGAGAUUCAGAUGAAGAGAAACCUGAGGAUGUUUGAGCUGGUGGAGAAUCACCCGCCCCACUGGCCCCCCUUCGUUCCUCCCACCAAACCAGAGGUCCAGACCACAGGGGCAGAGUUCAUCGAAUCGACCGACAAGCUGUUUGAGUCUGAAGAGGAGUUUGAGAUCCUCAACGUGUGACCAGCCUCCCAUUCGCUCCCCUCUGCUCAUUCCAGUGGAUGGUGAUUGGGUGAAUUACCUUGGCUCCCAUGUUCCAUACUGUGCUGUAGAAGUGCCUCAGAACAACACCAAGCACAAACUGCUUACCACUUUGCAAAAAAAACACUAACAACCCAGCAAGAGACGAUAAAAACUAGGAAAGAUCCUAGACAACUCAAGACAGAAUUUGUUCUUUUUAUUUUUUACAUUUUUUAAUUAUUUAUAUUUCUUAAUUUUUGGUGGGGUAAUACUUUUUAAAAACUGCAUUGUUUAGGGCUUGUAAGCGUUUCACUGUAAGGUCUACCUACACCUGUUGUAUUCAGCGCAUGUGACAAAUAAAAUGUGAUUUGAAGUCAGGAACAUGGUGUAUACAGAAACACAAGCUUGGACUGUCUCAUUUUUAUGUUGUAACCAGGAAACAAAGCCAGGGACCAUGGUUGUCUCUACAUGAAACAGGCUUUCUUUGUCUGUGUUAGACUUGUUUAAUGAACAAGAGAGACGAAAACCGUUGAGAUGCAUGAACCGCAUUGUACAGUGAGACUACACCUCUGCUGCAGCAGGGAAAGGACCUAGGUGAAGACAGCAGGGAAAGGACCUAGGUGAAGACAGCAGGGAAAGGACCUAGGUGAAGACAGCAGGAAAAGGACCUAGGUGAAGACAGCAGGGAAAGGACCUAGGUGAAGACAGGCACGAGGAUAUGUCUGAAGAAGCCAUUUCCUCAGCACUACCUCCUGACGCCGGGAGACAGAAAUAUGCAGACAGUGUUAAAAUACAACACAUACAACCAAUAACUUGUUUAUUAAGAAAAGUGCCUCUGAAAUAUAUUUGUGUUCAAUGGUUGGGGAGGGCAAAGGUUUUCCCAAGGUGUGGGAUGUGGAACCCUCAUGUAAAUAUGCCUGACAAUAAAGAUAUUUAAACACUU